GCUGGCCGCAGAGGCUGAGGCGCGUCCCGGGACCGGCCGUUUAUGGCGGCGCUUGCGGCUUGGCCGCUGACUGUGUGAGGCGCUCGCCUCCUCCCCGCCACCGCCGGGCUGCGGCGGAGCCGUUCCCGCUGCCGCCGCCAUGACCGAGGAGCCGUACGAGAAGUUCCUGGCCCCCGAGGAGCCGUGCCCGCUGCUCUCGCACCAGCACCCGCCGCGGGGCGGCAGCUUGAGCCUGAGCGAGGAGGGCUGUCUGGACGUCAGCGACUUCGGCUGCCAGCUCUCGUCCUGCCACCGCACCGACCCGCUGCACCGCUUCCACUCUAACAGGUGGAACUUGACGUCUUGUGGAACCAGCGUAGCCAGCUCGGAGUGCAGUGAGGAGCUGUUCUCAUCGGUUUCAGUUGGUGAUCAAGAUGACUGUUACUCGCUAUUGGAUGACCAGGAGUUCACCUCUUUUGAUUUGUUCCCUGAGGGUAGUGUCUGCAGUGAUGUCUCAUCUUCUAUAAGCACAUACUGGGAUUGGUCAGACAGUGAGUUUGAAUGGCAGUUGCCUGGCAGCGACAUUACAAGUGGGAGUGAUGUACUUUCUGAUGUUAUACCUAGUAUUCCAAGCUCUCCUUGUCUGCUUCCGAAAAAGAAAAACAAGCAUAGGAAUCUUGAUGAACUUCCAUGGAGUGCAAUGACAAAUGAUGAACAGGUUGAAUAUAUUGAAUAUUUGAGUCGCAAAGUCAGUACAGAGAUGGGCCUUCGAGAGCAACUUGAUAUUAUUAAAAUUAUUGAUCCUGCUGCUCAGAUCUCACCUACAGAUAGUGAAUUCAUUAUUGAACUGAACUGUCUCACAGAUGAAAAACUGAAACAGGUGAGAAACUAUAUAAAGGAGCACGGACCUCGUCAACGGUCUGCAAGGGAAAGCUGGAAGAGGAGCAGCUACAGUUGUGCAAGUACCAGUGGUGUGAGCGGUGCCAGCGCCAGCAGCAGCAGCGCCAGCAUGGUCAGCUCAGCAAGCAGCAGCGGUUCUAGUGUUGCUAACUCCGCUUCAAACUCCAGUGCCAAUAUGAGUCGAGCGCACAGUGAUAGUAAUUUGUCCACAAGUGCUGCAGAAAGAAUCCGGGAUUCAAAAAAACGUUCCAAGCAACGGAAACUACAGCAAAAGGCCUUACGCAAGAGACAGCUGAAAGAACAAAGACAAGCUCGUAAGGAAAGACUGAGCGGAUUAUUUCUUAAUGAAGAAGUGCUCUCUUUAAAAGUGACUGAGGAGGACCAUGAAGGAGAUGUAGAUGUUUUAAUGUGACAGGGGUGAAUUCAUCAGUGUUCUUUCUAAGCCUUAAACGUAUUAUUCUUAUUGUUUACAUAUAUUUCUUGACCAAAUUUUCAUUAGUGCUAACAGUAUAAACCAGAUCUUUUCUCAAGUGUAAUUUUGAUAAGAAGGUCCAAGUAUUGAGUAACUUCAGCUUUUUGAGACUAAAGUUGCAACAAAGACUUCAGAAACUUAACUGACUUCUGAAAAGCUGCUGAAUUGAUACAGUUUAAGGAGAUUUGAACUUGACUGACAUACCAACUUACUUGCAAGACGUAAGUCUAGGGGUGCUUUUGGAUGACACUAAGCAUGCAUUAGUAUGCUUCAGCUCUUUUGUUUUUUCCAACUUUGAGUUAAUAUUACACUUGCCUUGUUCUGUUUUCCUUUCCCAGUAUCAGGAACAUUGUUUAGCAUGAGGAAGAACUCUUUAGUUCUGUAGAGCUUUCUUCAGUUUUGCUCUUGGAUCAUACAAAAUUGAAGUACUGUGAUAAAUCCUUUUCUAGAAGUUGCGGUUUAACUCAAACUACACAAAAAAAAAAAAAGCAGGACUUCUAAUGCAGGGAAUCUGUAAUACAAAUAAUGCCUAAUAAUGUAGUUCUUUAGGAAGCAAUUAGCAUUAAAAAAAAAAAAACAAAACCAACUUGCAAGUUAGUCUUCAGAAAGUUAUUUUGCUGCUCUAUAUCUUAUAGUAUGAUUGUUACUAAUGGUUGACCAGUACAUCCCUAGUAUUGCUAUGAAAAGGUUCAAAUGAAAACAUCUUUAUGCAUUGAACUAACGGAACUAGUUAUUGCAAUGCAUAACUAACUUUAUGCAUUGCAACUAAUCUGCAAUUAUGUUGUCUAGGACACUAUUUACAAUAGUUAAAAAUGCUACUGGAAACAGAAGUGCGAACAGGUGGCACACAACUUUGGUCGCUUUUUUCCCCAGAAGCAUAUCUAAAUAGAUUCAUGUUUUUGGCAAGAGAACUUAAUUAUUGCAGCUGUGCUUUUUAAUUGUAUGUUUAGCUGGAAAUGUGUCUUCUGUGUGGGUCAUUAUACCAUUACAUGUUUCAGAAUUCUCCUUUUGUUGUCUGUCUGCUUUUGAAAUUUCUCUUGCUAAGAAAAUGAGGUAAAAUGGUGGCUUUCAGGUCGGGAUAUAAAAGUAGUUUUAAUCUGCUUCCUAAUUCUGACAAUCUUUAAGGUGACUUUUGUCUUUAUCUUGGAGCUACUUGUUACAGAACUCAUUUUCCCCACAGCUGAGAUAAAAAUGAUACUUCUGUAUUUCAAUGUGAAACUUAAAAGAACAUAAAAAUAUUCUCUAGUUUUGAGCUUAGGAAGUAAUUUUUCAUUAUCUUGAUGCUUUGUUACUUUCAUUUUGCUCUGGUGAAUUUAAGAGUUUGGCAGUUUAGUGUGUCCACAGGUGCUUGUAAUGGCAGGAUAUAGCCCAGUCCUGCAGAAUUGCAUGAUCAGCUUUAUAUAGGAUUACUCUGACUCAUUUUGCAUGUCCUGCACAGACUUACUAGUCCUGACAGCUAAAGUAUUUUUCUUUCAGAAGUGGCAUUCCUUGUAGCUUCAAAAUAAACUGACCAGUAAAAUAUCUGAACAAUGGCCUCUGAAAGGGCUUUGAUAAAUCUGUGAGGUCCAUAGUCAAACUAGCAUGCAUGAACUUAGUCACUCUUACUGCUGUUAGACAACAGGUACCCAGACUUGGCCACUGAAUGAUUAAAAUCUAUGUGAUGUUGUUUCAAACUCGAGUGUUAGCUAUCCCAUAUGGCCAGUUAUUUGGCCACUAACCAGAAGUGACUGUUACCUGUCCGUAUUUGCUUGUACUGCGCUAUAGCUGGUUGACGCCUCCUUUCCUCCUAUAGAAACAAUAUGAAAAACUUUCUAGCAGUAUACGCGUUACUGAGAAUUUAGAUUCACUUAAAUCUGGAGCUUCUUCUAAAAAUCUUGGAUGGAAGAAAAAAUUGAAUUGCUGUCAUUUCAGCAAAUUUCAGGGUGCAGUUGUUGAACUUUUGCACCUUACCAUAGCUGUAAUGGAUGAAUUUAUCGUGAAACAUUUCACUAUGCGUACACUAUCACAGUUCAGUACAACCUUUAUUUUCUGCAGUGAUUUUGAAAUGCAAUUUUUUUUUUUUGAAGAAAAACGCACUCUUAGCACUGUAGAGAAUCGAGACUCUGAAAUUAAUUGUAAGAAAGGCGCAAUAUCUCAGCAUGGUGGAGCAUGAAAUUGUGUCACUUCAUUCUGUUUCAGCAGCUCUUCGGAGUUUAAAAUCCCUCAGGCUUUGUUAGAGAAGACCCCCUCAUUUUGAUGAGGUACCGUUCUUUUUGGUCACCUGUCUACUACUGUUCAGAGAUCAUGAACUGAGGGAGGAUAAUAUUUCCAUCUUGAUCUUACUGUAAGCAUGUAAGUAUAAAUUAAUCCAAGUGAUUAGAUGGGUCCAGUUGCUCAUCUGUUACAUUGGAUGAAAAAGUCCUGGGUGUCACAGUAACUGGUCGUGGUAUAUUGUCUCCAUCUGAGUACUUCUGUCACUCAUGUGACAAUGACAGAAGACAAUGGAUUUCCAGGGAUUCCAUGUUAAUAAUUUAUAGCUCUGUAAUCUGUCAGUCCCAAAAUGCUUAUAAUCCAAGAAUACAAAACUCUGAAUGUUCUGAUAAGAAUGCAGAAUAUCAUCUUGCUUACCUGAAUAUUGUUUCUGCCAAGUACUUGGUAUCUCAGAGAAUCAGGCCUGAAGUAGCUGUGGGAUUCAAGAGUUCUCAGACACUUUUACGUGUUUGGGUUUUUUUCACUUUUCACAUCCUUCAUAGUUUUAACAACGCACUAAUUUUCUGGAGGGGAGAGGUGUUUUUGUCAAAUUCUUGUCCUUCCCUGCUGUAUACUUACCCAGGUAAGUGGUUGAGUCGCCAUCCCUGGAGGUGUUUAAAAGACGUGUAGACAUGGUGCUUAGGGACAUGGUUUAGUGGUGGUUUUGGCAGUGUUAGAUUUAUGGUUGGACUCGAUGAUCCUAAAGGUCUUUUCCAACCUAAAUGAUUCUGUGAAUUUGUAUUGGAUACCCAUGACGUUAGUCAAACUGUUAAACCUGGUCUUGCUGAUUCGAGUGUUGGCCAUUGUGGCUACCACUUUGUUUUACAGGAAGUUGUCUACAGAUUAUUUGGUUCAGGUAGACAAAGAAGAGUAACAGACUGCUAAAAUCAUGCAUUCUUAUUAGUGCUUUUUCAAAAAAGGAUCAAAUCUCUGCUUUUUCUUCAUAGAUAAAAAAUGUCAAGCUUAAAAGCAAAAUUGAGAGAAACAGGAAAAAGCUCAUAGCUGUAUGGCUCCAUGGUACUGAAGCUGUAUAUCUAGGUGCUUUGUACCCACUAUAAUAUGAAUGUAAUCAAUUUACACUCUGUAACGUUAGUGGUUUGCUUCCAUGGUAACUUUUUCUCUAAAAAGGCUUAGAAGGAGCACUGAAAGUCUGAUUGCAAUAGGACUGUAAACAACAAAGAACAUUCUUUUCUAAUAUGAUUUUAAAUAUGAGGAAGAAAACUAACUGCCUGACAAACCUGUCUAAUUUUUGUGUGUGUAUCUAAUGUCAUCCUUUGUCUCUGUUAAGAUACUGUCUAUUUUUUCUUUAUCUGGGAAACUGAUUAAAAGACGGUUAUAGUAUGCUCAGUAUGGGGUGCUUACUCAGAAGAGCAAGAAAAGUCUUUAUAAGACUUUCCUGGGCUUAACUUUUAGUUCUCAUAUUGUGGUUUGAAACCUGUGAAUAUCAUUCUCUGGGGGGAAAACCAAACCAGCCAGCCUGCUUGAUCUUAUUUAUAUGCAUUUACAUCAGAGUGCAUAUACAAUAUAGAAACAUAUAAAAAUGGCAAUAUUUACUGUUCAUCUGCGCUGAAUGGCCUGAAGCCAUUUCUUUUCUUCUAGCACUCUUUCAGCUCUGAAAUCAUUUGAUGCGUUGGGCUAUAAAUAUUAAUAAAUUCUGACUGUUUUGGGGGGCUCUUAAAGUUCAUUCUUAAAAGCCAGAUUUUCAUGGUGAAUGUUGUUAGAUUUAUUGGUUUAACGUUCCUUAGCUUACUGAUCUUGCAGUUCUUGGGCAUAGAAAAGACAAGUCAAUAUGCAAUUUUCCAUUUAAGGAUUGCAAAGAUAGUUUAUUAAUCUACCAAGGGCAAAUCCUAUUAAUAGUCAAAGCUUGUCUAUUUUGACUGUUAACUCUGAUUAAUCAUACUUGCAUUGUCUCUCAUCUGGCUAAACUUUAAAACAUUUCCAAAUUACAAAUAAAUUCUUCAAUUUAAAAAGAAAAUAAUUGUAAUAUUGAAGCCUUGAAUAUAGUUCAUAACCAAAGCAAGGGGAAAGUGGAGUUUUGUGAUUUUUAUUUUUUUUUCCUUUUUGGGGGGAAAGAUGGGGGUAUAGACUAGAGUAUAUGGUACUGCUUAAGUUGAGGGGUUUUUUUUCCCAGGUUCUCUACUAAUUGUAUUGCCAAAAUGCACUUUUGUAUAGAAAACUGUCCUCUGUACAUUCUGUAUCUACUUUCCACAAUGUUUAUAGAGAUUUUUCUGAAGUUGUGAAGGAUUUACUGAAAGCUGCAAUGCUGGUGAAUGAUGCUGUUGACUUCAAGUUUUCAUUGUAUUUGAAAAUAGUUAUGUGCAUAUUGAAGUACAGAUUGGAAUUAAAAUUGAUGACAUAGCAAAGAUA